CUCAAAAUGAAAAAAGGAGCAAAGAAGUGAAAUUUGAGGAGAGGAAUUCCAGCCAGGAGUGGAUUCGGGUGUAGAUGGAUAACAGUGGGAUUGUUCGUUCUUUCUGAGUCUCAGCCUGCCUGACUGCCGAUCUGCACCGCCAGCAUGCCAGUUCUGGACCGGGAGCCCUCCAAAGAUUUAGGGGGCGGUGAUGGUCUCCCUAAGCUGCCGCUCCCGGCCCUGGAGGACACCCUGGACAUGUACCUGAGGUGUAUGAAGCACCUGCUCACUGAAGAACAGUUCAACAAGACCCAAAAUGUGGUGAAGCAGUUUGGAGCCCCAGGAGGGGUGGGGAAGCUACUGCAGAGCAAACUGGAGGAGAGGAGGGAGAACAAAGCCAACUGGGUGUACGACUACUGGCUGAAUGACAUGUACCUGAACAACAGACUGGCUCUUCCCGUCAACUCCAGUCCUGCAAUGGUCUUCCCGCAGCAGAACUUCAGAGCUCCCAUCGACUCCUUACGGUUUGCUGCACACUUAAUUUCAGGAGUUCUGGAGUACAAGACUCUUCUUGAUUCACGGUCCCUCCCGGUGGACUACGCCCGGGGCCAGCUGGCCGGGACCCCUCUGUGCAUGGAGCAGUACUAUCGCCUCUUCACUUCCUAUCGCCUACCGGGGCCCGAGAGGGACACGCUCGUGGCUCAGGAGAGCAGCGUGAUGCCAGAACCUGAGCACAUCAUUGUGGCUUGUAAAAACCAGUUCUUCGUGCUGGACGUGGUGAUCAACUUCCGCCGCCUGAACGAAAGGGACCUGCUGACUCAGCUUGAGAAGAUCGCCAGGAUGGCUGACAGCGACGAGGAACAGCUCCCCCCCAUCGGCAUCCUCACAUCAGACGGGCGGACUGAGUGGGCCGAGUCCCGUAGCGUGCUGAUGAGAGAGUCGACUAACAGGGACUCUCUGGACAUGAUCGAGCGCUGUAUGUGUCUGGUCUGUCUCGAUGACGCCACUGGGCCCGAGCUGAGCGACACCACACGGGCCAUGUUGAUGCUGCACGGCGGAGGAUUGGCCAAGAACGGGGGCAAUCGCUGGUACGACAAGCCCAUGCAGUUCGUCGUAGGAGCUGACGGCUGCUGUGGAGUCGUGUGUGAACACUCAGCGUUUGAAGGAAUUGUCCUCGUGCAGUGCACAGAGUAUCUACUCAAGUACAUGAGUGGCAGCCCGUCGAAGCUGGUCAGGGCUGCCAGUGUGAGCGAGCUGCCCGCUCCACGCAGACUCCGCUGGAAAUGCACUCCAGAGAUCCACAAACUCCUCGCCUCCUCUGCUGACAAACUACAGAGGCUGGUGAAGGAUCUGGACAUGGACGUCCACAAGUUCUACGACUACGGGAAAGAGUUCAUCAAGAAGCAGAAAAUGAGUCCUGACGCCUACAUCCAGGUUGCCCUUCAGCUGGCCUACUACCGAUGUCAUGGCAGACCUGUGUCCACCUACGAGAGCGCGUCGAUACGGCGUUUUCGGGAAGGCAGAGUGGACAACAUCCGCUCAGCCACGCCAGAAGCUCUGGCCUUUGUCAAAGCCAUGACUGAUGGAGGACGGAGCACAGGCGAAACAGAAAAGAUGGAGAUGUUACGAGGUGCCAUAAAUGCGCAGACAAAGUACACUAUUCUGGCUAUAACAGGGAUGGCGAUAGACAAUCACUUACUGGGACUACGUGAAAUUGCUCGGGAGCUGAAGAUGGAGAAGCCGGAAAUAUUCAAAGAUGAAGCCCAUCUCAUCAGUAAUCAGUUCAUUCUCUCAACGAGUCAGGUUCCUACCACUGUGGAGAUGUUCUGCUGCUACGGACCCGUGCUUCCCAACGGAUACGGAGCGUGUUACAACCCUCAGUCAGACCACAUUAUCUUCUGCGUGUCCAGUUUCCACGAGAGCUCGGAGACGCGGUCAGCAGAGUUUGUCAAGUGUCUGGCGCAGGGGCUCCUGGACAUGAGGGAUCUGUGCAAUAAGUGUAACUCCAGUGUCAAAGUGGAAAGACAGGGCCGGACGCUGGAGACGCACACGCAGACAGACACAAACUGGCAAAACAAAACACAGCAGAGAGCGGCCGACCUGACCAAGAAUCAGCCAGCGCCGCCACAGGUUCUGGUGAAGACCCCAGACCAGACGACAGUGGAGGCUCAAACCCAGACUUCAUCGCACGGGGAGGCACAGGCUUUGAAGAACGGGAGUAAAUCAUAA